AAUUCUCUUAAACCUCAAUCCUCCUCUAUACAAACCCAGAUCGCCUUCCCACCAAUCAACCCAUCUUCAAGUAUCCAGCAUUGCCUCGCACAUCUUCAAGAUUAAAAAUAUUUUCCAGUUAAAAACCAUGAAGAACGCUUGCUUCUCCGUGCUCAUCCUCCUCUCCGUCCUCUUCUGCCUCGCCAAAGUCAGCGAGGCUGCAGUUCCAUGCAGCACCGUGGACGCAAAGGCAGCUGCCUGUGUUGGGUUCGCCACCGGCAAGGCCCCCAAGCCCUCUCCAACAUGCUGCACUGGGCUGCAACAGCUUGCUCAAACAGUCAAAACAGUUGAUGACAAGAAAGCUAUUUGCAGGUGCUUGAAGGCUGCCUCAACGUCACUGGGAAUUAAAGACCAAUUCUUGAGCAAGAUUCCUGGAGCUUGCAACAUCAAAGUUGGCUUCCCUGUCUCCACCAGCAUCAACUGUGAAACUAUCCACUGAGAUUAUGGAGGUGAUUAUGAUCUAGAAUCCUACAUAUAAAGCUGGUUAGGAAGGAUUUGAAUAAAGCAGAUGAGGCAAUGUUAUGUAUGUGGUCUUGGUUAAGACCCUGUUUCUUUGACCUUAAUGAUAAUAA